AUGACCCUCUCAAAGAACGCAACCCCGCAAACGCGGGAUCAUAUAUGCGCCGCUCCUCUCCUCCUGUGUCUCGAUGGUUUAGAAGGGUCCCCUGAAGCUGCCUGUUCCUCUCGGAUAUCCUCCAAGACGCCCCGAGCUCCCGAAUUCUCGUCAGACUACAACCACCGCAGCAUGGAAAUCAUUGCGAACUUGAUUGUUAUCCUCGUCGCUAUUCGACAAGUGCUUGCAGCCGGAGGCUUCAACAACAGCUGUUCUGAGAUCCGUUACUGGGAUCCAGACAGUAUCUACGGCCGAAAGAACCAGGCGUCGCCAUAUAUCGUUGCUAGAUGCAUGGAUUCUGGCAAAAAGGAUCGCUGCAGCUGGUUACCCCUGACGGUUUGCUUCGCUAAUGACGAUGGCGUUUUUGGCUACAGAAAGAAGUGA